AAGCUCCCAAUUUAUAGGCUGUGCAAACUUCACUGUUCAUGGCCAUGCGAGGAUCAUUCAAUGGAAAACCCACGCCUGGGAACAGGAAAGUGCAUGAGGAGAUUUUUCCAAAUCUUGCCAAUCGUCAACAACACAUGGCAGAUCUUUCCUUUUGUCAACAAAGGCUGCCAAUCUUUGACCAAGGAGAGGAUUUGAGCCACAUAUUCCAACAGAACGCAGGUACUCUUUCUCUCUCUCUCUCUCUCUCUCUCUCUCUCUUUCAGAUUCUACGCCUCGAUUCUCGUUCGAACCUCAGUUUGGGUAAUCGAUCAGGUCCUUUUCUGAUUGUAUAGUUUUUUGUCGCAAAAUUCUCUUUGAAUUUUGGAAUUGUUUUGUAUUAGUCCACUUCCACAGUUUCAGAUCUCUGCAUUGUUUUUAAUUAUCGUAGAUCGGCCUAAUGGCUGAUCAGCACCAGCACCCAACCGUCAUUCAGAAGGUAGCUGGCCAGCUACAUCUCAGUUCUAGUGCUCAAGCGCGCUACGGGGCCUAUCAGAACCCUGCUCUUUCCCAGAGACGGUUUUCGUAUGGGAAUUACUCUUGUGCAGCAUUGCAAUAUCCGACAACGCAAACAUGCCGAGCUACCCAUGAUCUAUCAUUUGUUGCUACCAAUGCCUCACCUGUGUUUGUCCAAGCUCCCUCAGAGAAAGGACUUGCAGGCUUCGCCAUUGAUUUUCUUAUGGGUGGAGUUUCAGCUGCUGUGUCUAAAACUGCUGCUGCUCCUAUUGAGCGUGUCAAGCUUUUGAUCCAAAACCAGGGUGAGAUGAUGAAGUCUGGUCGGCUUUCAGAACCCUACAAGGGAAUUGGAGAGUGUUUCUCGCGGACGAUUAAGGACGAAGGGUUUGCAUCAUUGUGGAGAGGGAACGCAACUAAUGUCAUCCGUUAUUUCCCCACUCAGGCCUUCAACUUUGCCUUCAAGGAUUACUUUAAGAAGCUUUUCAACUUCAAGAAAGACCGCGAUGGCUACUGGAAAUGGUUUGCUGGUAACCUGGCAUCUGGUAGUGCCGCUGGUGCUUCUUCCCUACUCUUUGUCUAUUCCCUGGAUUUUGCUCGAACUCGUCUUACUAGUGAUGCCAAGGCUGCAAAGAAGGGAGGAGAGAGGCAGUUCAAUGGCUUGGUUGAUGUCUACAGGAAGAUCAUACAAUCAGAUGGUAUUGCCGGUCUUUACCGUGGAUUCAACAUUUCAUGUGCUGGCAUCAUUGUAUACCGUGGUUUGUACUUUGGACUGUACGACUCUUUGAAGCCAGUAGUCCUUACCGGGAAAUUGCAGGAUAGUUUCUUUGCUAGCUUUGCUCUUGGUUGGGUCGUCACGAAUGGUGCUGGUCUCGCUUCAUAUCCAUUGGAUACGGUUCGCAGGAGGAUGAUGAUGACCUCUGGUGAAGCCGUGAAAUACAAGAGCUCAUUUGAUGCCUUCUCUCAAAUCCUAAAGAACGAGGGUCCCAAAUCCUUGUUCAAGGGCGCUGGUGCUAAUAUCCUCCGUGCAGUUGCCGGUGCUGGUGUGCUUGCUGGUUACGACAAGCUUCAGCUGAUUGUGUUUGGAAAGAAGUACGGUUCUGGCGGUGGUUAAGUACACAUCAGUGACCAUUUACUUGCCCUUUCUAGCCAUAUAGACUGAUGCUGAUGAAAUUUUUUUUGCAGUCAGUUUAAGAACCAUUUCGGGCCAACUUUUAUGCAUUUGAAUAACGAAAUCUAGAGGGAUUACCUCCCAAACUGUCUUAUCAUUAGAAAUAUUCUUUGUUCCUGUGAUUCUUGGUAAUUGGAGAGUUUAUUUUUCCCGGCUGGAUAUGAAUAAUUUUGCAAGUGAAGGAGUAUAGUCAUCAUUUUAUAA